CAAAUAUAGACAUAAAUUUAUUAUUGAAAACAUACAACAAAUUAAUUAUGUCGGUUGUUACUAUACAACUUGGACAAUGUGGAAACCAAAUUGGUUUCGAAUUUUAUGAUUUACUUUCUAAAUCUGCCACAAAACCGAACCACGCACCAUCAUCCAGUUUCCAUAGCGAUGACUACUCAGAUUUGGUGUCCGAACGAUUCUUCCAUGUUAACGAAAAGGACAAGAUGUUUGCCAGGGCAGUUAUGGUCGAUAUGGAACAGAAGGUUAUUGGUCAAGCACUUCACGACACACAGCGGCAGUCGCUGUGGGGUUACCACAAAGAUGCACAGGUUACCGGCAAAAAGGGAUCCGGGAAUAAUUGGGCGCAGGGCUACUGUCACCAUGGUCCAAAAUGCAUCAGCGAUGUUCUGGAUACGGUUUCCAAGGAGGUUGAACAAUGUGAUAGUCUAGGUGGAUUUUUAGCUCUGAUGAGUUUGGCCGGGGGUACUGGGUCAGGGCUAGGGGCAUUUGUAACAACAGCCCUAAAGGAUGAGUACCCUCAUGCCACUAUUGUAAACAAUGUUAUAUGGCCCUACACCACGGGAGAGGUGAUUGUACAGAAUUACAAUGCGGUGCUUACGUUAUCACACCUGUAUUCCACCUCGGAUGGUAUAAUUGUUAUGGAAAACGAAAAAAUGCAAAAAAUCUGUUCACAGUUGUUAAAAAUCAAGAAUGUCUCAUUCAAAGACAUAAACAAGGUCGUUGCUACCAAGUUAGCUGGUGUAUUUCUGCCUGCUUGCGACACAAGUGAUUCCACUUGUUUGUCAAAGUUUGUAGUUGCAGAUAUUCUGUCAAAUGUAUGCGCCCAUCCUGGGCAUAAAUUAUUGAACAUAUUGAACAUACCAGUAGUUCCAAAGACUUCACUGGCAUAUACAUCAUAUAAUUGGAACAUGUUGGUCAAACAUUGCAGGCAAAUGUUGAUUGCGAAUGCUAAUAUGGAGGAAGGUAUCACAUGUAUAGAACUGCAUAUUAUCAAUGUUGUGAUAUUUUUAAUCCCAAAUUUUGAACUUGUUCCCAACGGCUUUGACCUCUCCCAUAGCUCAUUCUGUACCAGGCUGAGCAGAUUCUUUGCUAAUUCCCUCUCCCUCAAUGCUGCUCCCCCUUCUAAACCCUGCUCUCCCCCUAAUCUCUGCUCCCCCAUAUUGUUUGUCAACAGCCAUCUCAAUGGAGUGAAUAUGACCCUGCCCUCCCCCCUUUGCAACAACAGAUAUUCUCUUGUCACCUUCAAAAAGUUACUUUACACCCCCUCCCCUGCCUGAGGAUUAUGUGAACACUGUUCUAUUUGCCACUUCCCCCCCCCCCCCCCCAUUCCAUAUCCCCUAUAACUAUCAUCAUCCAUGAAUACCCCUAUGCCAAUCUUCAAUCAUACCUCACAUAUUGACAGCCUGCUGGCACCUGUCUGCAGACCAAUUACAUACCCAAUUCACCUGACAAACUCUUGUUACUAUCUUUCAGGUGUAAACUGGUCUAUCAAGCUUCCAAAAGCAGCCAAGCCAGUGUCAGAGACUGAAAUGACCAAUCAGACAUCAACUUUCAACAGGUCGUUAUCCAAUCAGAUUUUCCUCCGUGGAAAAGAUGCAAGCACAGUGGACCUCUCCUCCUUUGAAGACUCCCAGCUUUAUACAUCCUGGGUUCCAUCUUAUGGCAGAUUCCACUCGGCUUGGCAAAGGAAUAGUUACAAUGAAAUUGAGCAAUCAGUAACAUUGCUUAGUAAUUCACAAACUCCACUAAAACCUCUGGAUGCAGUAGUUAGCAAAGCUUGGAAUAUGUUUGCAUCCAGGGCUUAUGUUCAUCAGUAUGCUAAGCAUGGCAUAACUGACGAUGACUUUGUUGACAGUUUUGUAGCCUUAGAGCAAGUAGUUAAGAAUUAUUCUAAUUUGUAAAUACGUACUUAUAAACAACAGUUAGUUAAAGGCACAGUUCAGCCUUUUGAACGAUGGUUUUUAAGGCGCAUUUCAGCCCUUUUAAUUAAUUGAAAAAACUAACUAGG